GCUCCCUCUCGGGGUCGCUCGAACCCUGGCCGGCUGCUCUGCUCGCUCUCCUCGCCUCCUGCCACGCUCGGCCCUCGCCCUAGGGACUACAGACCCACCCCGAGCAGGAGCCAAGCCCGUGCCGUGGGGGCGGGAGCAGGGUGUCGUUGGAGCCGCGGAGCCCUGGAGGGCAGGGUUGCGGGGACCUCGUCUCCCCCGACCUGAGGGGCUGUGGGGCCGCGCGGGCGGCCGUUGCCCCUCGGCUGACCUGCCCUGGGUCUCCUCUGUUGAUUGAAAUGUCUAUGAUUUUAUCUGCCUCAGUCAUUCGUGUCAGAGAUGGAUUGCCACUUUCUGCUUCUACUGACUAUGAACAAGGCACAGGCAUGCAGGAGUGCAGAAAGUAUUUUAAAAUGCUCUCGAAGAAACUUGCUCAGCUUCCUGAUAGAUGUACACUGAAAACUGGACAUUAUAAUAUUAAUUUUAUUAGCUCUCUGGGAGUGAGCUACAUGAUGUUGUGCACUGAAAAUUACCCAAAUGUUCUGGCCUUCUCUUUCCUGGAUGAGCUUCAGAAGGAGUUCAUUACUACUUAUAACAUGAUGAAGACAAAUACUGCUGUCAGACCAUACUGUUUCAUUGAGUUUGAUAACUUCAUUCAGAGGACCAAGCAACGAUAUAAUAAUCCCAGAUCUCUUUCAACAAAAAUAAGUCUGUCUGACAUGCAGACAGAAAUCAAGCUGAGGCCACCUUAUCAAAUUUCCAUGUGUGAACUGGGGUCAGCCAAUGGAGUCACAUCUGCAUUUUCUGUUGACUAUAAAGGUGCUGGUAAGAUUUCUUCUGCUCACCAGCGACUGGAGCCAGCAACUCUGUCAGGGAUUGUGGCAUUUAUCCUUAGUCUUUUAUGUGGAGCUCUGAAUUUAAUUCGAGGCUUUCAUGCCAUAGAAAGUCUCCUGCAGAGUGAUGGUGAGGAUUUUAAUUACAUUGUUGCAUUUUUCCUCGGAACUGCAGCCUGCCUUUAUCAGUGUUAUCUACUUGUCUACUACACCGGCUGGCGGAACGUCAAAUCUUUUUUGACUUUUGGCUUAAUCUGUCUAUGCAACAUGUAUCUCUAUGAACUGCGCAACCUCUGGCAGCUUUUCUUUCACGUGACUGUGGGAGCAUUUGUUACUCUACAGAUCUGGCUAAGGCAAGCCCAGGGCAAGGCUCCUGAUUAUGAUGUUUGACACCAUCCUUCAGACGUAUUGCCUUGGCUUCCAGGGGAAAAAGGAGGGAGCGUAUCUUAACUGCCACUGUGAUAAAGAAACUGUUCACCACAAAUGAGAAGCUCUGCUUUCUUUCUCUCCAACUGUCCUUUUUGUUUUAAGUCAGCAUGGCAUGCUUGGAAGCAUGCAAUACCUGCUUGGCAAACUCCUCUCAGAAGAGUGUUGGCCAUUAGAUUGUUAUUCAGAGUCGGAGAAGACUACUUCUCUCUGCGGGACCCUGACAAUGGAGGAAGUCAGACGCCAUUGGAAGACUCAGCCCCCAGGCCUGAAUCCUUCUGAAGAGUUGAAUCAAAAAUAGGUGUGGUACUUGUUCUGAGGACCAAGCAGGAGCUUUACAACCUGGAUUUGCCUUUGUGAGGCAUUAGUAUAGACCAAAUAAAAAGAUGCUGCAGUAAAUUGGAAAGUUUAUGUUUAAAACAAGUGACUUGCUAAAUAUCAGAUUAUUUGCAUAUUUAUGGUACCUUGAGUUUAUGAAGUCCGGGUUGGUGUAGGAUUGGUUCUUUUUCCUUUUUUCCUUUUACUUGAAUCUUAACUCUGGAAAUCAUCUGACAUAGGAGAAGGCUGUGGUAAGCUCAUCUCUGGAACAUCACAAGUGUUGAAAAUAUGUUGACAUGUGUUUCCUAUUUAGACCAUGCUUGUAGUUUCUUUUGAAAUCACUUCUUAAAAAUACCAUUCGUUAGAUUGUAUCCAUCAUUUCCCAAACUUCAAUCACUUGAAUAGUAAAUAUACUAUUAUUCACUUAUUUAUCUUUUAAAUUUUAAAAUAUUUUUAAAAGAAACUAAUCUCUACUCCAAAUGGAAAACCAGCAUCAGUUUGCCAUAAAUAAAAGGUAACUACAAAAUAAAUAAAAUUACAGCAAAAUGUUAUUAAGUUCUAGCUGGAUGCUAAUGCCUGCCAGGGCUCCGAAUCCAGGAGGCCUGCUGUUUUCUCUGUCGCAGUGAGACAGACAGCACCAAAAUGGGGCUCACUCUGUAGAAUUAAAGCAGAAGGAUAAGAGAAACUCGUGAAGGGAAUGACACUCACUCUGGUUCAGCAGUAUUUAAUUCCACCUGUGUACCACCUAAAAGCAUCUUAUAUGCCACCAGGGGUCUGGGUCCUGCCCUGUGGGAACACGGAACUGGGCUCAGAAAAUCCAAGGUGACUUUCCUGCCAGCGGCUGUUACUAUUUUAUGGCUUUGAGGAGUUAAGCACCUAGUAUCUUAGAGAACUUACUUGGUUUUUGAUAACAUUAUAAAGAUUGUUCAAGCAGUUAUGAAUUAAUAAUAUAGGAAGCACAGUUUGAGUCCAUUAGCAAAAUCUAAAACUCUCCUGGUUUUUGAAAUUAUCUUCAUGAGUGAUUUUCUUUUGUUUUUUAACAAAAAAAAUUCCAAACAAGGAAUUCAUAAGGUAUUAAAGCAUGAUAUCUGGAAAAACAGUGGGCGCAUUACUUAUAAUUCAUGUUGCUGGACCUUUUUAGUAAGUAGAAGGAAUAGUCCAGGGGGUGAAGUCACUGAACUACCUUGUUUGCCGGAGCCAGUAUACGUAGGUGUGUCUACAGCCGUACAACGGUGCUUAACCAGGAGCCUUGUGCUCCAGUCUCCUUUCAGGAGAAUGAGGCAAAAGGAAGACAAUAAGCUUAUGAUAUCAGGGAUUUGUUUAAAACGAGAAACUCCAGUUCAAUUUUCUGCCUCUAACAAAACUGCACAGAAAUUAUGUAUUAUCUGAGAGAUACCCUAAGGUAUCACAGGACCCUAAAUCAUCAAAAUAAAAUUGAUUUAUGUUUGGCAUUUUGUUUCCGAGCCGGGAAAGUGAAGUGGUUCAAUUUAGAAAGGUUUUGCUAAACUAGUAGUUAAAACAGUAAGAGUUUUCUUGUAAGUAGUCAAUUAACCAGGAGGUUGGAGCAUUCUGGUUAAUUGUGACUUUGCUAUAUAUUGAUAUUUUAUAGCUCUUUUACCAGUUGGCUCUCCUUAUCGUUGAAUUAUUGAGUUAAAAUGUUUGGUAGUUGGUUCUAUUCAGCAGGACACUUGAAAACUCACCAGCUGUCUUUAAAAGCUUAUUUUUUGUUUUUGUUUUGUUUUUUCACCAGCUGUUUUGGAGAAGGGGAUGUUUACAUCUUAAUGUAAAAAAUGAAAACAGGUAUAAAUAAUGUUUUAUGUAUAGAAAUGCUUUCUUUCAUUAUUUGGUGCCUGCAAUUUCUGAGUAUUUAUAUAACUUCCCUGCCUCUAUCAUGUUGUUGCCAAAGAAACUAUGAAUUUGGAACGAAAAAUUUUUGCCCUGAGUGUAAAGAAGUCCUUCAGCUCUUGAGAGAGAAUCCCUCAGGCCUCUAAUGUGUGUGGCGUUUAUACCGCACUUUUACCUCCAGGAGCAAGUCUGCCUUCAGCUAAUCAUGACUUGUAGUGUGGGAGUGGUGCCUCUCCUCCUGCUGUGAAGGAGGGGACUCAGGCAAUCAGAUCACAAUGACUCACCCCAGGGGCCACGGAGCGAAGCACACGCGUCUUCCAAUCUCUCAGUCCUGGGCUCCUCCACUAGAGUGGAAACCUAAAGAUAACUAAGAUUAUAUUCAGGGAGUCUGUCUGCCCUUGGUAAGAUCAAGGAAUUGGGGACUUCUUAAAAUAAUGAGCUCAGGCCUGCUAUUGUCAAAUUUAGGUGUAUAUUGUCUUACUUAAGGUAAUUUUGAAAUACUGGUUUUUGUAAGGUGUGCGAUGAGAGCAAAGAUACUCUCUUUUAUAUCCUAAAAGUAAUUGCCAUAUUUGCUUGCUUUUUUGGUCUGUAUUUGAAAUGUAUUUAUACCUGGCCUCUUUCACAAAAGAAUUUGAAGCAGCAUACGAAGAAAAGGUGUAUACAAUAACAUUAAUGAAAUAUGAACAGAAAGGGGAGAAAAGACCAAUGGAAAUGGAAGGAAGGGUAAACACUGUGCUUUUAUUAGCUGUAAAAUUGGACUCUUGAACUUCCUGGAAGUCAAGGCUUGAAGAAGGGAAUCAAGUUUCACAUCGCCCUAGCUCUGUCUGUAAGUCAAAGCAAACAGGUCCUCAGGGCAGACCUCUUCCAGACGGUUCUGGUGGCAGUGCUGGCACUGGGGGUCCUGUGAAAUGCUGCAAUGAACAAAUCCUCAGCAGUUUUAUGCAUAUUUGCAUGAGAUGAUUGUGCCUUGGAUCCUCAACUUUAACCAGCUUUCAAAGGCUUUCUUUUCAGGGUGUUUUUUGGUGUGGCUAAUAGAGGAUUUGUUCCCAUAAGUAAGAAUUCUUAUCCUAAGCUAAAAACAAGUACUGUGUUAAAGCUUGAAAAUCCAUUUGAGACGUGGAGAACUUUUACCUAAUUUUGUAAUUUUAUAACUUAUAUGAAGUGAAUGUGCUGUCCCUGGAUUAGCACAUUUAUUUUGUAUUAAAUGUGAUCUUUUUCACAGUGGAAUCCAGUCUGGAGAAACGCAUGGCUCCAUUUCUGUUAGGCCAUGUCUGGACACUCAUUAGAGAACCAAUUUAUCAAGGCUCUACAGAGACCAGAUUUGUCAGAUGACCUUACCUGGUCACAGAAGUGCCUCCUCCUGAGGCUAGCUGCCCACCAAAAAGGCAGUUGCUGGGCCUUUAUUCCAAAAGGUUUACAAAGUAACCGAAGAACCCACCCUGAGCUGUUGGAUUUCCAAGAGACACAACAAAGUGUACAGCAUAUUGUGUGUGUGUGUGUGUGUCUUUACCUUUCUUGUUAUUAUUUUAAGAGACUCUCUGUUCAGUUUACAAGUUAGAACUAUCAUAGAGUAUGUGGUAAAACAACAAAUAAGUUAUUUCUAAAGCAGUCACCACUCAGACCAAAUUGGACUCUUGGCCUUACCGCGAAUUAUAGGGCACUCUUCAGGGCUGCGUUCUUUUUUCUAUGGUCAAGCCUUCUUUGUAUUUUUCUGCUUCAUCAUCUCUAAGGAAAUGGAGUCUUUCUGCCUAAAAAUGCUGUGGUAAAAUCAAACCUGAUUUUUGAUUUAAAUUGGCUUUAGUGUAUCCUAGCUGAAAGUUAAUAAAAGAAGCACCUCCAACCCCAA